GUGAUACAGAGCUGCGUGUUUCUUUGAAAUUAUCCUUUAAUUAGGGAUUGUAAUACAAGGAUAUGAUUGAAGAACUAUGAUGACAGCACGUCAUCUCUAUAAAGGACUUUAGAUACUAGGCACCUGUGACCAAGGGAAAUGACUUGUAUUGUACUUCCGACGAUUUUCCAGAAUGAAAGAUAUACUAAACACCAAUGCAAGUAUACUAAUUUUGUUGAUGUAUUAACCAAUAACCAACAGCUUUGACGUAUUCAUUUACGGUUAUAAAGUUUUAAACACGUAGGUGUUAUAAUAGACUUAUAAAGAAGAGAAAAAUAUUUUACUUAGAUAAAUAUAUACAAAACGACGAUUAACAAUUAGUAAACUAACCAGUUUACAUCUGUAUGUGAUUUUGCAAAAUUGUCAUCGCAUUUUCGAUUUAUCUGAGUUGCUAUACUAUCAUAAUUGAAUAAUGAAUACUACUAUCAACAUAUCUAGAUACGUUAUCAAAUAUUUUGGAAAAUAUGAAUUCAUUCAGGAAUCUCCUGGCUUUGCAAUUACAUCUAUAGCAUUACAAACAAUUGCGUCCCUUGUAGGGACAUUCGGGAAUGCUCUAAUUUUGAUUAUUACAGCCAGAUCGAAGGGAAAGAUGAGUGUACAGUCCAUAUUCAUCAUCAACAUAGCUAUAUCAGACAUGUACGUAACUAUGGUAGCAGAUCCUAUGAGCGUUGUUGGUAAAAUUGAAGGCCGGCCAUUCUUCAUGAAGUAUCCAAUUCUGUGCGAUAUAAUCGGGAAAAUGUGUACAGUUUCAUGUAUCGUGUCUUUGGGGUCCAUCACAUUGCUCAGUUUCAACAGAUAUAUAUUAAUCUGUCACAACUCACAUUACGAGAAAAUAUUUACUCGGCGUUCAUGUAUUAUAAUGUGCCUAUCACUGUAUGUCGUUGGUAUGAUCAUGGUUUUGUUAAAUUACGCCGGAAUUGGCGGACAUGGUUUUGAUGACAAAAGUUUGGAAUGUAUUUGGGACAGAAUGGCAACAUACAGUUACACCGUUGUAUUUUCAGUUUGUCUUGUGUGGAUUCCGUUGAUAGUUGUAGGAAUCUCUUACUUAAAAUUGUUUUUAUUUGUCCGACAUACAAGAAAACAGAUCACAAGUAGAGGAAACGCACCAGUCAUUGACAAUAAAUCACUGCGCCUCGCAAAAACAAUAUUUAUUGUGUAUGCGGUAUUUUCAAUUUGUUGGAUACCUUUCGCCAUAUUGCUUGUGGCCGAUUCAAAUGAUACAUUUUCCCAUGAAGUACAUCUUUGUAUCACAGUUUUUGCCCAUUUUCAUCCAUCGAUUAAUUUCUUUAUUUAUUAUUUUUCAAAUGAAAAAUUUAAAAAGGAUUUCCAUAAAAUGUUUCAGAUUGGCAACAAUGAAGUAGAACAUCAGCCUAAUGGCCAAGUUUCUCUAUCUUUUGUAACAAGGGUCAAUGAGAAAUCAUCUUCAUCAAAUUGUUAAAUAAAACCUUACACAAAAGAAAACUUCAAAGGAACAACCAGU